CCCGGGUGGAACCUGCCGCACGGAGCCGGGAUAGUCUGCCCUGCGCGCCCCGAGAGGGAGCCGGAGCCGGGGACUGGAAGCCCCUAUCCAUGGCCGGGUCCCCCCGCCGCGCCGAGGGCCGGCGACUGCAGCUGCCCCUGCUGUGCCUCCUCCUCCAGGGCGCCACCGCCAUCCUCUUUGCCGCCUUUGUCCGCUACAACCCCGAAACCGAUGCCGCGCUCUGGCACUGGGGCAAUCACAGUCACGCGGACAACGAAUUUUACUUUCGCUACCCAAGUUUCCAGGACGUGCACGCCAUGGUGUUCGUGGGCUUCGGCUUCCUCAUGGCCUUCCUGCAGCGCUACGGCUUCAGCAGCGUGGGCUUCACCUUCCUCCUGGCCGCCUUCGCCCUGCAGUGGUCCACGCUCAUCCAGGGCUUCCUGCACUCCAUGCACGGGGGCCGCAUCCGUGUGGGCGUGCAGAGCAUGGUCAACGCGGACUUCUGUGCGGGGGCUGUGCUCAUCUCCUUCGGCGCCGUCCUGGGCAGGACUGGGCCUGCUCAGAUGCUGCUCAUGGCCCUGCUGGAGACCGUACUGUUCGGGAUCAAUGAGUUUGUGCUCCUCAGCCUCCUGGGGGUGAAGGACGCAGGAGGCUCCAUGACUAUCCACACCUUCGGGGCCUACUUUGGGCUGGUCCUCUCUCGGGUCCUCUACCGGCCUCAGCUGGAGAAGAGCAAACAUCGCCAGGGCUCCAUCUACCAUUCCGACCUGUUUGCCAUGAUUGGCACCAUCUUCCUGUGGGUCUUCUGGCCCAGCUUCAACUCGGCGCCCACCGUGCUGGGGGACGGGCAGCACCGGACAGCGCUCAACACGUACUACUCCCUGACGGCGAGCACCCUCAGCACCUUUGCCUUGUCAGCCCUGGUCGGGGAGCGGGGCCGGCUGGACAUGGUCCACAUCCAGAAUGCUGCGCUGGCCGGAGGGGUUGUGGUGGGGACAGCAGGUGAAAUGAUGCUGACGCCCUUUGGGGCCCUGGCAGCUGGCUUCCUGGCUGGGACGGUCUCCACGUUGGGAUACAAGUUCUUCACGCCCAUCCUCGAGGCAAAAUUCAAAGUCCAAGACACAUGUGGUGUCCACAACCUCCACGGGAUGCCUGGAGUCCUGGGAGCCCUCCUGGGGGUCCUUGUGGCUGGGCUGGCCACCCACGAAGCUUAUGGAGAAGGCCUGGACAGCGUGUUUCCGCUCGUAGCCGCGGGCCGGCGCACCGCCACGUCCCAGGCCAUCUACCAACUCUUCGGGCUGUUGGUCACACUGACAUUUGCUUCCGUGGGUGGGGGCCUCGGAGGCCUCCUGCUGAAGCUGCCCUUCCUGGGCUCCCCUGCGGACUCCCAGUGCUACGAGGACCAAGUUUACUGGGAGGUGCCUGGGGAGCAGGAGGAGGAAGCCCAGGGCCCUCUGAGGGCAGAGGAGCCAGACAGCCGGGCCUGACUUGCUUCCAGCCCUGAGAGAGGACGCCCUGCGUUUAGAAGAUGCUGACGGGUGACCGGCGACCGGCGACCGGCUACCGUAGGGAAGUUCUUUUCUAGCUCCUGUCCCUCCUGCUGCAAGAAAGGCUGAGAGCCGUCUGCGGCCCUGGGGACAGGGCGGUGGAAGGUGGGCAGAUGGGGGCCGCACCUGGCCGAGGUCGAGGGAGAUCUCACCCCUCCCCCCACUGGCCUGUCUAGUGAGGCAGCUGAAGCAGCCGUUUCAGCACGGUGUGCGCCAGGCAGGCUGUCGGGGUGAUAAACACCACCCACACCAAGGA